AUGGCGCUGCUGUCCACGGUGAGGGAGGCGCGGCCAUUCUUCCUGAAGGGCAGAGGGUCCCGCGGUAGUUCAGGGAAGGGCUCCGCGAGCGCGAGUGCCUGCCCCGUCAGCGUCGUCUACGUGAACACUGGCUGCGGCGACGGCGGGGGAGGCAUGGCGGGAUACGGAACCGGCGGAGGAAUCAGUGGGGAAUACGGCGCCCCCACUCUCAGUGCAGGAUACGGCGCCCCGACUGGGGGAGGAGGAAGUUAUAGCGCGCCUUCUGGAGGCGGAUACACUGCCCCCACUGGAGGUGGCAGUAGUUACAGUGCUCCAGUUGGAGAUGGCGGUGGAGGAUUUGCAGGUGGUGGAGGAUACGCCGUCCCCUCGGGAGGUGGAGGAGGUUACACCGCUCCUGCGGGAGGUGGAGGAGGGUACACCGCUCCUGGGGGAGGUGGAGGAGGAUUUACUACUUCCUUAGGAGGUGGAGGAGGGUACACCGCUCCUGGGGGAGGUGGAGGAGGAUUUACUACUUCCUUAGGAGGUGGAGGAGGGUACACCGCUCCUGGUGGAGGUGGAGGAGGAUUUACUACUUCCUCAGGAGGUGGAGGAGGAUACACCGCUCCUGGUGGAGGUGGAGAAGGAUACACCGCUCCUGGGGGAGGUGGAGGAGGAUUUACUACUUCCUCAGGAGGUGGAGGAGGAUACACCGCCCCUGGUGGAGGUGGAGGAGGAUAUACCGCUCCGACCGGAGGUGGAAGUAGCUACAGUGCCCCUUCCGGAGGAAGUGGAGAAGGAGUUGGUGGCGGAGGAGGAUACGGCGGAGGUGGAUUUUCUGGUUCCUUCAACUUCACAGUGCAACAAGGAAUGCAUUCCAAGGAGUUACGGCUCCUUGCACCUGCGAUCGUGGCAAUAUUCCUCCAAACACGGCAAGGGAUGUGUUGCCACAAUGCUGUAGGGAGAGGGAACGGUGACACGCCGAUCGUCGACUCACUGAUUCAUGGGAAGCCCGACAUAUCGUCGAACGCAGGAGCCAGGGGGAAAUUCGUCACUGUGCCUCAAAUGGCAGCUCGCUUGGCACCCUGUGAUAGGAAGGGAUUCCUGUUAGGCAAAGAGUCACCGCCCCGGAGCGACGAUGACUCGGUCCGCCGGGCACCUGUGUGUCUCACGUGUGCAAUAUUACAGUCGUCUGCGCUGCUUCCUCUUCAAGUUAAGGGUAAUCCAGGGGUUCACACAAACAUCAAGUCCAGAGACAACUCCCGUAUGGGUUUAUUUUUCACAGAGGCGGAGGCCAGAGUGGAAGAGGAAAAGGCGGCAGAGGAAAAGGCGGCAGAGGAAAAGGAGGACGAGGGAAAGGAAGACGACCAGGCUCCAGGAUGGUCUGUCCUGUACGCGUAG